AUGUCUCAAGGCUUAGAGUUUAAUUCAUGGGUGCCUCCAUCCCAAAAUAAAGCCAGCUCAUCUGUUACCACUCCAGAGGGCAAUAUUGGCACGCCGGGGCACCAAGAGCAUAGCAAGAUAUUAGUCUCGAAAGAGGCAGAAACCCUCCUUGUCCACUAUGACCGCAUCAUUUGUCCCCAUCAGAUUGCACAGCCUAGCGACAAAAAAGAAAACCCAUACCGACUCUACGUAAUUCCAUUGGCAUACGAGCAAUUGAAUGUUCUUUACGCAGUUCUUGGUCUUUCAGCCUGUCAUAUGGGGCAUUUGAACUCAGAGAUGCACCUUUAUGAAUCAGUCGCAGUGGAGUAUCGCGCCAAGGCCAUCAAUGCUCUCGGUACUACCAUCAAUAAGGUUUGCUCAGGGAACUUCAGAGGAAGCGAUGUUGAUUCCGUUUUUGCUACCAUCCAAAUACUUUUACUGCACGACAUCUGCGAAACCGGCAUAUCUUCACAUGGUGCACAUAUCUCGGGCGCUAUGUCAAUCUGCUCUCAACUCAAACUUGAUCAAACUUUGACUGUUGAUCAGGAGAGGACCGUCUUCUUUCUAGGGAAUCUUCUCUGGCUAGAUAUCAUACGCGCCUUUUCUGCUCCCGAGAGACUCUGCUUCACUCACGAGCUUCGCUCGAAGAUUUUAUCUUUAUGCAACUUACGUUUCGAGUCAGUCAAUGGCUGUCCCAGGGAGAUAGUCCUCAUCAUUGCUACAAUCCUAGAGUACGCGAAACAGUAUGCUGCUGGAAGUAUGGAGCACUCAGAGUUCCAUGAUACUAUCCACAGCUCAAUUCGCAAGCUAUACCUCUGGGACAGCUCACGAUGCUUUUUCCCAGAUAACGAUGUGCUUUGGGGUUCAGUUUCCAAUGCAUUUCGCCAUGCAUGUAUUUUGCGCGCUUGGCGCUUACUCGAUCCAUCCGAGUCUGCCUCUGAACCAAAAAUUAGAGAUUCGGUUUUCGAAAUCCUGGAUUCAGUGGCCAAUAUUCCCUCGACCAGUCCUUUGCUAGAACUAAUGGUUCUGCCUCUGUUUAUGGCUGGCGCCGAUAAUCUGUCAGCGCACUCACGUCAUUAUGUUAUCUUGAGAUUAGAGCAGAUCAAGGCUCGGUCGGAAAUGGGAAAUACAGCCCCUCAGGCUUUGCUUGAGAAGGUAUGGACUGCCCGUGCGGAACAACCAAAACAUGACAAUAGUAAUAUUCCCUGGAUGUCCUUUACUUUCAACUCCGAUUCGUCACAUCAGGAUGACUACUUGAUCAUAUAG